AUGAACAUGAGUAUUUUCUCUAAAUACAUUUUUCUAGUAUUUAUUUAUUUAUGUGUACAAAUUAAACCAAAUAAUAAAUCGAAUAUAUAUGCGUUAAAUUAUAAUACAAAUAAAACAAGCCGAACAUUUUCCAUAUACUUUCCAGAAUAUUCUAUAAAAAAAUGUCAUUUUAAAAACACGGAAAAGAGAGGAAAGCGCUUUCAAAAUUUGCAUAAAUUAUGCAACUUAAAUGUAAUAAAUAAAAAAAUACAAAAUGGAGCAAAUAUUUCAUUGCACACACCGUUAAAUAGAAGUGAUAAUCAGACAAAAAAAGAAAAUAAAAAGAAGAAUGGAGAAGAAGACGAUAUAAAUCAAGUGGGAAUAAAUUUUUUUGAAAAAGAAAAAAAAUACACUAGGCAAAUAUACACACAUGGAUAUAACGAAGAAAAGAAAAUAAGAAAAAGCAAAAUAUUGAUUAUUGGGCUAAAUGGAGUAAGUAGUGAAAUAUGUAAAAAUUUAAUUAUAUGUGGAGUGAAAGAAAUAGGUAUAUAUGAUAACGAUAUUUUAACUUUUGAAGAUAUAGACAAUCUUUUUUUUUGCGAUAAUAAAUUGAUAAAUAAAGAAAAAAAAAGUUUAGCAUGUUUACAAAAUAUGAAAAAAUUAAAUAAUAAUUGUAAAAUAAAAGCUAUUACAAAUAAUCUAUUUGAUAACUUAAACGAUUUGAAUAUUUAUGACAUAGUUGUAUCUGUAAACCAAAAAGAACAAUUUAAUAUACAAUUAAAUAAUAUAUGUAGACUAAAAAAAAAAAAAUUUAUUGCUGUUAAUACAAUUGGAAUAUUUGGAAGGAUGUUUGUAGAUUUUGGUGAUUUUAUUUUUUCAAGUGGUAUUAGGAAUGAAAAGUAUGUAAUAAAUAAAAUUGAAUUUAAAGACGAAUAUAUUAUUAUGCAUUAUUUGUCUUAUUAUGAAAACAUUCAUCUUAGUGAAAGUGAUAAGGUAAACUUAUGUGUAUCGGGUUUAAAUAAAACAUUGAAUAUACAAUGUGAAAUAAAAAAUAUUUCCAAAAAAGAAAAUAAAAUCACAGUGUCGGUUUAUAACGGUUUUAAUAAAUAUGUACAAAUUCUUAAUUGGAUAUUUAAUAAUAAUUUUAUGAAAAUACUUUCCAAAAUAUUCACACAAUGGAACAUUUAUUUUUUGUAUAAUAUAAGGAAACGAAUUGAAAAAAAAAAAGUGGAUAAUAUAAAAUUUUUUUUUAAUAAAUAUAAAAUAAAUAAUAACCUAAGCAUUAGAAAAAUGCAUGAGCAAGUCAGGUUAAAUUAUGUUACUUUAGGAGAAUAUUUAAACAAAAUUAAAAAAAAAACAAAAAAUAAUAAAAUAAGUUUUAUUAAUAUGUUCUACAAAAUGUUGAAUUUAGUUUUAAAUAAUCAAAAAGAAAACGAAAACGAUUUAAGUGACGAAGAAGUGUGUUUUUUAUCUUAUGAUGAGAUAGUAAAAGAUAAAAAAGGAUAUGUUGGUAUUAGGUGUAAUUUAACUUUGAAUGAGCUUGAAAGGUUUAAAAUUUUAUGUCUAAAGAAAAAAAAAAAUAUGAGCAGUCAGGUGAUUAAUGAUUUUUUAUCAGCAGCUCAUAUUGAACUACCACCAUUUUCUAUGUUUUGGGGAUCUUUAGUAACUCAACAAAUAUUAAAAGGAGUUAUGCAUAAAUUUAAGCCAAUAUAUCAAACAUUUCAUUUUGAUAAAAGAAGUUUAAUUCAGUUUUCAAAUAUUUCAAAAAAAUAUUAUGGAAAAUAUAUGCACCAGCUAAAUUUCUUUGGAAAAAAAUAUCAAAAUUUUCUGAACAAUUUGAACAUUUUACUUGUUGGGUCAGGUGCUUUAGGUUGCGAAUUUUUAAAGUUGUUAGCUUUGAUGGGUAUUUCUUGUUCUCAAAAAAAAAACAAUACUAAUGAGGCAAAGGAAAAUACAAAUGUGAUGAAAAAAUGUAACAGAUCGGGUUUUAUUCGAAUAGUUGAUUACGACAUUAUUGAAGAAUCAAAUUUGUCUAGACAAUUUUUAUUUACAACUAAUGAUAUAGGGAAAUCAAAAUGCCAAAUAGCUGCAGAAAAUAUAAAAAAAAUAAAUGAAGAUAUAAAUUGUUUCCCUUUAAAAAUGAAGAUAGAUGAAUCAGUUUUGGAUACUAAAAAUUUUUAUUUCAAAAAUAGCGAAGAACUGAAUAAAAUAUUUUAUGAUUGUUCAGGCAAAAAAAAUCCUAUGAUUUGUAUCCUGUGUUUGGAUAAUUUAAAAACAAGAUAUAUAUGUGACGAGUUUUGUUUAAUAAAUGCAUUUCCGAUAAUUGAAGCUGGCAUAGAAGGGAUGAAGGGUAGUAGUCAAAUUGUUAUGCCAUUUUGUAGCGAAACAUAUUCGAAUAGUUAUUAUGAUAUAAACGUGGAUAACGAAAGCAAUAUCAAUUCAUGUACAGUUACAUCCUUUCCUAGAAAUCAUAAACAUAUUAUAGAAUUUAGUAAAAGUGUAUAUAACAAUUAUUUUUUCGAUAAUGUUUUAAAAAUAAAUAAUUUUUUAAAUAAUCCGAUAUAUUAUAUUGGUGAGUUAUGCAAUUAUGAUAAUAUAAAUAAUUUAUUGCACUUUUUUAAGUUGACAAAAAUAUUUUUUAAUAACAAUUUAGAUAAAAAUGUGGAAAAUCUAUGGAAUAAUAUUUUUGUAAAUAAUAUUAAUCAUUUGUUAAAUUGUAAAGACGAUGAAAUAAUUAAAUAUUUUGAAAGUUGUGAAAAAUUACCUCAACCUAUUUAUUUUAAUAAAAAAAACAAAGAUCAUUUAUUGUUUUAUAAUUCUGCAGUUAUUACUUUCAAAAAAGUGAUCAAACGGUAUCUUAAAAUAUAUCCCAAAAUGAUAAAUACUGUCUUUUAUUAUAAAAAAGAAAACCAUAAAAAUGACACAACAAAGGAAAAUAAUAAAAUAAACAAAUUAGAUAUCAAUGUGCCAUUUGAAACUGCUUUAAAAACAAUUAUCGAAAAAAAUAAAAUCGACAUAGAUUUAAAUAAAUUGUUUUACUUUUUAACGGUGAUAAAAAAAAAUACGAAUUCAGAAAUUUAUUCAAGUAUAAAAAAUGAAUUAUAUGAUUUGUUUAAUAACCCCGCAUUUAUUAUGUCCUUAAAAUAUGUUCAAGAAAGCAAAAAAAAAAAAAAAGCAAAAAUAAAACAAGAUACACAGAUUGAACCUAAUGUUACCAAAAAUGAAGAAGAUACUAAUUUGUUUAUACCACUUAUAUAUAACUUAGAAGACAAAAAUGAUCUUAAUUUACUUUUCAGUAUAACGAAUAUUCGAAAUACAAAUUAUAAUUUUUCUAAAAUAAAUAUUUUAGAAUUUUUUAAAAUAAGUAACAAUAUUAUCCCAUCCAUAAUUACUGUAGUUUCAAUGAUUUCCUCUUUGGCUGCAUUUGAACUUUAUAAAUUAGUUUUUUUUUUUAAAAUGAAAAAAGACAACAAAAAUAUUCAAAAUAUUCACGUAAUUAAUGAAAACAAAGAAAACGAUACAAAAAAUAUAAAUCAAGAUAGUAUCAAAACAAAUGGAAAAUUGAAAGAAAGAAAAAAAUAUUUUUUUUCGAAUUUAUAUUCCUUAUUAAAUGAUAAAAUAAAACAUUACAAUUUUAAUGACAAAAAAUUAAGACACUCAUAUAUUUACAUUCACAAAGACAAAGUAUAUGUAAAAAAGGAUAAUAAAAUUUUAUUUUACUUUUUUGAUAUUAAUUAUGACGAAUUCAGAAAUAUAUCAAAAUUAAUCAAUAACCAAUAUAUAAAUUUAGAGGAUAAUUUUUUAACUUCAUCUCAGAUUAACCAAGUUUAUGAAAUGUCUUAUAACAAUUCAUAUUUAUCUCUAUUAAAAAAUGGUAAAUUUUCAAUAUGGAAUUAUAUUUAUAUCGACAUAUUUUAUAAAGAAAAAAAUGAUUCUAGCGUAGAAGAAAAUAAAAAAUGGACACCACGUGUGUGUGGUUUCCCUCCUCACCUUUUUGAAGAUUAUGAUGACAUUUUACCUGAACAAGCAAGGAAAAAAGUGGCAUUUUAUUUAAAAAAUAUUAACAUGCAUGUGAAAAAAAUUCUAGAGAAGAUAAGAAAUUCUAAAGAUCAAAAAAAUAAUGAUGAUAAAAAUAUUAAUCAAGCUAACAUACAAAACGAAAAUAUAUUUAAUAGUAAAAAUGGAUCAAAUUAUAAAAUGGAAAAGGAAAAUAAAAUUUCUAAUGAAUAUAUAAAUAUGUUACUAAAUGAUAUAAAAUUUAUUUUAAAUUGUUUAAAAAAUAAAAAAGAAAACAAAUACAAUACACAUUUAAUUAAUAAUAUGAAUGAUGUUAUAAAUUAUUUUACAUAUUUACAAAAAAAAUUGAAAGCUAUUGAAAUUGGAAUUAAUGUAAUAAAUAGUCCUAAUCAAGGAAAAGACAUUUUUGCAAAUAUAAAUAAAAAAUAUAUUGAUGAAAUAAAAAUAAAUUUAAAAAAAGUUCAACAUUUUAUAGAAAAAAUAAAAGAAGAUUUACCAUUGUUUUUUAUUACUAACGAAGAUCAAAAUGACAUUACUUUAGAUGAACUUAUAACACAUAUUGAAUUUUUAUUUAAUGUAACUAUACAAACAAUUGGAGUAAAAGAUAAAAUUAUUUAUUCUAACUCGAAAAUAUCAAAUAUAGGUUAUUCGCGUAACAAUAAAUUAUAUGAUGUUAUACAAAAAUUAUUUAAGGCAACCGAAAAUGAUAAACAAACAUAUAUUUUAAACAUUUUUGCAAUUGAUAAUAUUAAUAAAAGUGAGAUUAUUCUUCCAAGUGUGCAGAUAAAUAUGUAUAAACUUGUCCAAGAAAAGAAGCAUAAAUAA